CAUAUUCCGGUAGGGGAGGGAGGCUGAGCACGGUUUUAGAGCAGAGCUCUGCAUUCUCCCGCAUCCUCAACUCAGGCUUCACCCAUCACGUUUUACCCGACAGGUCCCAUCCUCCUCCACAAGGCCACAGGAUCAUCAUGGCAAGCAGCUUCGCAAGGAUUUUAUCCUCCAAAAGGAGCGUGGGUUUGCUAUCUCUGGUCGGCGCUGGAUCUCUUAGUGUAGGAUUGUAUCUGAACAGAGAGCAUGUGAGUGCCACAGCGCAGGGCCGGAGACAGUACCCGGCCAGUGCGGAAUACCCAGAUUUACGAAAACACAACAACUGCAUGGCCAGUCAUCUGACGCCUGCUGUAUAUGCCCAGCUGUGUGACAAAGCCACUCCAAAUGGCUUCACACUGGAUCAGGCCAUUCAGACGGGCGUGGACAACCCCGGGCAUCCCUUCAUCAAGACUGUGGGCAUGGUGGCCGGAGAUGAGGAGUCGUAUGAGGUGUUUGCUGAUAUUUUUGACCCUGUCAUCACAGAGAGACACAAUGGUUAUGACCCACGCACUAUGAAACAUCCCACUGACCUGGAUUCUAAUAAGAUACGAGGCGGUGUCUUUGAUGAGAAGUAUGUGCUGUCGUCGCGGGUGCGGACGGGCCGCAGUAUUCGAGGUCUGAGCUUGCCUCCUGCCUGCACGCGUGCUGAGCGCAGAGAGGUGGAGCGGGUGGUGGUGAACGCUCUCGCUGGCCUGCAGGGUACCCUGGUGGGCAAAUACUACAGUCUAACAGAGAUGACUGAACAGGAACAGCAGCAGCUCAUCGAUGAUCAUUUCCUGUUUGAUAAGCCAGUUUCGCCCCUUCUGACGUGCGCAGGAAUGGCACGGGAUUGGCCUGAUGCCAGAGGCAUCUGGCAUAACAAUGAGAAAACAUUCUUGGUGUGGGUUAAUGAGGAGGACCACACUCGGGUGAUCUCCAUGGAGAAAGGGGGCAAUAUGAAGAGGGUCUUUGAGCGUUUCUGUAGGGGCCUCAAAGAGGUGGAGAGGCUGAUUCAGGAGAAAGGCUGGGAGUUCAUGUGGAAUGAGCAUCUGGGUUACAUCCUCACCUGCCCUUCUAACUUGGGCACAGGCCUUCGCGCUGGCGUCCAUAUUAAACUGCCUCGCCUCAGCAAGGACCCUCGCUUUCCCAAGAUCCUUGAUAACUUGCGGCUACAGAAAAGAGGCACUGGAGGAGUGGACACGGCAGCUGUGGGGAGCAUCUUUGAUAUUUCUAACCUGGACAGACUUGGCCAGUCAGAGGUCCAACUGGUCCAGACGGUUAUCGAUGGAGUAAACUACCUGAUUGAGUGUGAGAAGAAGCUAGAAAAAGGCCAGGACAUCAAAAUCCCUGACCCUAUUGGCCAGAAGAAGUAGACUGACACUAAACCUCAUUCCCUCAUUUCUCCAUAAUGGCCUACUGAAUUAUGGUACUCAAAACUCCAUCCCAAACAGCAUGCUUUUUGUGUGUUGUAUCUUCGCAGCUCCACUACUCUGUACAACAGAAGUCAAUGUACUGUAUGUCAUGAUUGUGUUGAUGUGGCAUUACCAUUCUGUCACAUACCACUGUCUCUUUUAUUGAUUGUGCUACAAUAAGAGUAUUAUAACCUUUGAGAAUUGUUCACCUAAGCAACAGAGAGGCAUGUGAAUGUUUGGGGGGGUUUUGCAGAAAGAAAAUGCUAAAUUAUAUAAAGCGCUUUACUGACAGAUUAA